CAUUUCUUAUCCCAAAAUUCAAUUCUCUCGUAGUCCAAGUUUCAAGCUGUCCAAGGAAAAUAAAUUUAAAAAAGAAAAAGAGAAAUAGCGAAGAAAAGAACGUUCUCUGAUGAAUUUGUAGUUUCGCAGGGCAAGAAACGAAACGAGGACAUAAGAAAAUUGAAAAUUCACCCAUUUGACAAAAAAAAAAAAAAAAAGAAAAAAAUCACUCCCAGAAAAAUAUUCCGGAAUCUUCUUUGGAUAAAAGUCGCGAUUUCAGUUUUUUGAGCUGUUAUAUCUACGUAUUUUGAUCGUUGUAUAUGUAUUUGGAUUGAUCUAUCAAAUCUCUGGUCUCGAAUUUUAUCUGGGAAGAUUCCGCAAUUUCUUGGACGUCACAUCGAAUUGCAUGAAGUGAAAUUAUACGCAACUCUGCUUUGUGGGAUUGCUUAACGGAACGGUGUUGAUUGUGGAUUACUAGAUAUUGUGUUUAGUUUGUGGUUUUUGGUUGCCUUUUUUGAAUUUUUGAGGGCGAGCUCUUGUAUAUAAGAGAUGGAUGUGGUUGGUAAGGUUAGCAGCUUUAUUACUCAAGGCAUGUACUCUGUUGCCACACCAUUUCACCCAUUUGGUGGUGCUGUCGACAUAAUUGUGGUUAAGCAGCAGGACGGAACAUUUAGGAGUACGCCUUGGUAUGUACGGUUUGGGAAAUUUCAGGGAGUUCUCAAGGGCACUGAGAAGGUCGUGCGAAUUGAAGUUAAUGGCGUCGAAGCCAAUUUUAAUAUGUAUCUUGAUAAUUCUGGUGAAGCUUACUUUGUUAGAGAAGUUUAUCCCGGUAAGGAUGAUGAUGAGUGCUUAACGAACUCAGAAAAUAUUGAUGUUAAUAGCAUUGGUAGCAGUAACAUCGACGAUGGCUUAAAAGAAAGUGAUUUGUAUGGCCAAGAGGUUAAUGACUUUAAUAACGGUGAAUUGGAGGUGCAAAAUAAACACCUUAAUCUUGGUAGGGGCCGGUUACAGAGGGUUGAGUCUGAUACUGGGUAUGUAUUUUAUGAGUUUCAAGAUGAGCCAUCUCUGGAGGGUUCAGUUGAACUUCCAGAAUAUGGUUCAAAUACAUGUGAUACUUUAGAGACUGUGGAGGAUGCAUUAGAAUCAGAGAAUUCAAAUUCAGAAGUAGUUUUGGUGAGUGUGGAUGGGCAUAUACUGACAGCGCCUAUAUCAUCAUCUGAGACGGAUGCUGAAGACGUGGAACUAGAUACGCCUCAGUUUCACCUUGGCCCUGGUGCAGGGACCGAAGAGUAUGACACAGGAGAAACAACAUGGACUUCUGAUUAUUUGAGUGAUCUUCAUUCUUCUGCACAUAAUAUUGAUACUGAAGAGACAUGUGACGCGAACAGCGGGACCCUGCCUCCUAAACACCCCUCGGAACCUUGUGAAGGAGAUCAAGAGCACCUGUUUCAUACGCAAGAAACUCAGGCCACAACCGAUAAUGGCAAAGAGGUUUGCAUUAAUAGCAGUUCUGGAAGCACAUCAAGUGCUUUAAAGAGGGAUGACGUUUUCAAAAGCUGUUUGGAGCUCUCGGAAUUGGCAGUGCAGUCUGCAAAUACAAAUAAGGUUGAUGUGGGUUCUUCAGAUGAGAUCCAUGAGGCUACUGAAGAUCCACACAAGAAGUCUCCUGGAAGUCCUUUGGGAAAUCCUGAAACUGAAAAGAGGAAUCAUGAAAUAUUAACCAAAGAUGGAUUAUCUCCGACUGAUUCUGGAUAUCCAAUCAGCAUCUCUUUGCCAGAGGUACAGGUUGAAGCUGCAAUCCAUGAAAGAAAUACUUUGGAUAUGGAUGAUGAUGGUUCUGAUAGCAAACAUCUUCAAUUUGUUAGCAGCAAUCAGGAACCACAGGAUCAAACGGAUGUAGAUCUAGCAGUGGAAAGCAAGCCAAGUGGUGAAGAAGUUCAUGCUUCUGAUGAUGGAUACUGCAAAAGUGAACUUGCUGAACCUCAUAAGGCAGCUCCAGCUCCAAAUGAAGAUACGAAAUCAGAUGCAUCUACAAGGCCAGAGAUCUCUCUCUCUGAAAACGUGCAGCAUGCUGGAAUGGAGUCUCGUACCGUAGAAGAUGCUUUUGACCCAAACCACACAUCAAUUAAGCCGCAUGAUAUAAUCCCUGGGAACGUGGAGACAGCAGAAAGGAAGAUAGAUGAUUCUAGCAUGACUUCUGCGCGAUGGAGGCUCUGGCCAAUCCCAUUUAGGAGGGUCAAGACACUUGAGCACUCCGAUACUAUCUCAUCAUGUGACGAAGUUUUUGUUGAUUCUGAAUGUGUCUCACCAAGGCAACCCCCCACAACCCCUAUAGCCCGUGUAGCCACUGAUUCUCCUCGGAAGCAAAUUAUAAGAACCAAUGUCCCAACUACUGAUCAAAUAGCGUCUUUGAAUCUCAAAGAGGGACAGAAUAUGGUGAACUUUGUUUUCUCUACUAGAGUCCUUGGAUCCCAAAAGGUUGAAGCUCAUAUUUACUUGUGGAAGUGGAAUGCGCGAAUCGUAAUUUCUGAUGUCGAUGGAACGAUUACCAAGUCUGAUGUUCUCGGUCAGUUCAUGCCUUUGGUUGGAAAAGACUGGACACAUUCUGGGAUUGCUCGGUUUUUUUCUGCAAUAAAGGAGAAUGGGUACCAGCUCUUAUUUCUCAGUGCACGUGCAAUUGUUCAAGCAUACUUGACUAAAAAUUUCCUAUUCAACCUUAAGCAGGAUGGCAAAAGCUUACCUGAUGGACCUGUUGUCAUCUCCCCUGAUGGCUUAUUCCCUUCAUUAUACCGAGAAGUGAUAAGAAGAGCUCCUCACGAGUUCAAAAUUGCCUGUUUAGAGGAUAUCAAGGCACUAUUUCCUCCCGAUUAUAAUCCAUUUUAUGCGGGAUUUGGAAACAGAGACACAGAUGAGCUCAGUUACAGGAAAAUUGGGAUUCCAAAGGGCAAGAUCUUUAUCAUUAACCCUAAGGGGGAGGUGGCCAUUAAUCAUCGUGUUGAAGUGAAAGCAUACACAUCAUUUCACACACUAGUGAACGACAUGUUCCCACCAACAUCACUCGUCGAGCAGGAAGAUUAUAACUCAUGGAAUUACUGGAAGAUGCCCUUGCCCGAUGUUGAGUAACUUGAAGCAAUUCAUCCGCAUUUACAACUCUUCCACUGGCUAGAUAUGCUGGACAAUUUUUUGCCUACCAGUAUUCUUGUAUACAUUAUUUUUUCUUUUUUGUUCUUUUAAGUUUUAGGAAAAAUAUUGUUUCAGCAAACUCAUUCGUCCGUGUAUAAAACUUAUUUCUAUAAUCAUGAAUAAAUUAUGUUGUACAAAAUAAUUCUUG